UUCCAGGAUAGAGUGACAGAAAAACGCACCAUUCGCUGUGGGAACUCGGGGAGCCGCUUAGCCCAGAAUCCGGGGCGGAGGACAGUGGCUUCUCUAGAGGGACGUGAAAACUCCAGGUAACCGAAGGUGACUCGUUCGGUGGCCUGGGAAAGUCAGCCGCGCAGUGGCGGGAACCGCAGUCCAGCGGCCCUGGAACCUCCCAGGAGGAGUGGGAAUGCCUAGACCCUGCUCACUGGGCUUUUUGCAGAGAUCUCCUGUUGGGGAACUGCAGCAGUGUGGAUCCUGAGGGUGUUAGCAACUUCCAUGUUUGUUCCAUGAAAAGUUCCAGGUGCUUUCAGAAGAAUCUCUUUGUCCUGUGUAGGUCUCACAUUGCUCAGCUGGACCUGCUCACCUGUGCAGCAGAACAAACCCCUGGCUGGAGAAGAGAGAGGAGGCGGUAGCAAAGGAUCCAGUUGUUCACUUGCAAAAUUUGAGCAUAUUAUGGAAAACAGUAGAGCAGUUCCUUUGAAAUUAUGGGAAAGAAACAUACAGUGCAUCUGCCCCAUGACCAGGGGAGAUUGAUAGCAGCCAGAGACUGAAGGAUCUCAGAGUUGUACCCGUAUAUGUCGGUUGUCAACUUGAGUGAAUUAAGAACUGCCUGAACACUGGAGAGAAGGCUCAGAGUUUGAGUGCGAUCUUGAUGUAAAAUGUCAAGAAGAGUUCCAGUCUUUGGUCCUAAGACAGAAACUCAGAGAAGAGCAACAGGGCAAAUGGCUGCUUCUCCAAUAAAUGCUCCACAGGAUCUGUUGACAUUCAGAAAUGUGGCUGUGGACUUCUCUCAGGAGGAAUGGGAUUGUCUAGAUUCUUCUCAGAGGGCUCUCUACAUGGAUGUAAUGCGGGAGAAUUAUAGCAAUCUAGUUUUUGUAGAGAACCAUUGUAUAUGUGGUAAAUAUGAGAAUGUCUUGGAUCAAGACUCAAAGCAUGUUGUUCAUCAGCAUAUGUAUAUUCAAGAGAAGUCUCACAAAUGGUAUGAGCCUGGCAAAAUGGUUCACAAAUCCUCCCAGUGUAUAACUUCUGACACAAGUGAUACUAUACAAAGCUGCAAGAAUUACGAAAGUGGUAGUCACAGGGAUACUUCUACUGAGUUAUCAAACCUAAAGAGACAUGAAAGUGGAAGCACCGUAAAAGAGCAAUACAAAUAUAAAGAUUACAGGAAUUGUUUAAGCUUAUGUUCCACAAUCAGUCAAUAUCAACGGAUCCACACUAGAAAGAAAGAACACAAAAAUACAGAAUGUGAUGAAUUUUUUGACUCUAAACAUGAACACACAAUUGAACAAAUCCAUACUGGAGAGAAAGCAUAUCAAUGCAGGAAAUGUGGAAAGUGCUUCCGGACCUAUUUGAGACUCAGUAAACAUCAGAGAACUCAUCCUGGAGAGAAACCCUAUAAAUUUAUAGAAUGUGAUAAGUCCUUUCUGAAUUUGUCACACCGCAAAGUACAUUACAAUAUCCAUCAUGGAGAAAAACCCCACAAAUGUACAGAAUGUGGCAAGUGCUUUUAUAAUUCAUUAGGCUUUAAAAGACAUGGCAGAAUCCACACUGAAGAGGAGACUUACAAAUGUAAAAAUUGUAGAAAAUCCUUUAUCUGUUGCUCUGGUCUUAGAAAACAUCAGAAAAUUCGUGGAAGAGAGAGGCCUUAUAAAUGUAAACAAUGUAAUAAGUCCUUCUAUACAUUGUCACACCUUGAAUACCAUUGCAGAACCCAUAGUGGAGAGAAACUUUACAGAUGUAAUGAAUGUGGCAAAUCCCUUUCUACCUCCUCAGGUCUUAGAAAACAUCAGAGAAUUCAUACAGGAGAGAAAAUUUACAAAUGCAAUGAAUGUGGCAAAUCCUUUACCUUCCGCACAUCUCUUAGACUACAUCAAAGAAUUCAUACAGGAGAGAAGCCUUACAAAUGCAAUGAAUGUGACAAAUGCUUUAUCCAGAAAGUCAACCUUAGAACACAUCAGGUAAUUCAUACAGGAGAGAAACCUUUCAAAUGUAGUGAAUGUGAGAAAUCCUUUACCGUUGGCUCUGGUCUUAGAAGACAUCGAACAGUUCAUACUGGAGAGAAACCUUAUAAAUGUAAUGAAUGUGGGAAGUCCUUCACAAUUGUCUCAGAUCUUAGAAAUCAUCAGAAAAUUCAUACUGGAGAGAAACCUCACAAAUGCAGUGAAUGUGGGAAAUCCUUUAUCUGGAAAGCUGAUCUUAGAACUCAUCAGAAAGUCCAUACAGGAGAGAAACCUUACAAAUGUGAAUGUGGAAAAUCCUUUACCACUGGCUCAGGUCUUAGAAGACAUCAGAGAAUUCAUACAGGAGAGAGACCUUACAAAUGCAAUGAAUGUGACAAAUAUUUUGUCCAGAAAACCAACCUUAGAAGACAUCAGAGAAUUCAUACAGGAGAGAAACCUUACCAUUGUAGUGAAUGUGGGAAGUCCUUUAACACUGACUCAUAUCUUAGAAUACAUCAGAAAAUUCAUACUGGAGAGAAACCUUACAAAUGUAGCGAAUGUGACAAAUACUUUAUCCAGAAAGCCAAACUUAGAAUACAUCAGAAAAUUCAUACAGGAGAGAAACCUUACAACUGCAGUGAAUGUGACAAGAGUUUCAACCAGAAAGGCAAUCUUAUAACUCAUCAAAGGAUUCAUACAGGAGAGAAACCUUACAAAUGUAGUAAAUGUGAGAAAUCCUUUGCCAUUGGCUCAGUCCUUAGAAAACAUGAGAAAAUUCAUAAGAAGAAACCUUACCAGUGCAUUGAAUGUGACUAAUCCUUUAUCCAGGAAGCCAGGCUUAGAACUCAUCAAGGAAGUCAUACAAGAGAGAACCUUAUAAGUGCAGUGUAUAUAGCAAAGUCUUUACCCACCCCUAAGAAAACAUCAGAAAAUUCAAACUGGAAUCCACUGUUUCCAUAUUAAAUAAUAUGGCUUAUAAUUUAUUCAAGCUCUGUCCUUAUGGACCAAUGCAGGGUCCACAAAAGAGAAUCAGUAUGAACAUGAGAAACUUGUGGAAGCUUUUAAGUCAUGUUCAAAAUCUUAGAAAAAAAUCAAGACUUUUUUUCUUAUUUAUUAUUAUAUUGAGGAAAAAUUCUGAAUAUGUCACAGAAACUUUUUUUAAAAAACAUUUUAUUUUUCAAUCACAAAUGCUUCAUACUGAAGACAAAAUGGGGAAAUCUGUAGAAUGUGCUGUUGUAUCUGGAGACUGUAGCAUUCCAUCCAGAGGAAAUAAACUAUUCAUAAUUGUUUCAAGAAGUUUCUGAAACUGACAAGGUUCACUAUGCUUAAUUCCAUUGAAGAAACUUGUAUCAGUCUUGCUGCUUCGAAGAGGGUCUGUUUUUUUGUUUUGUUUUGUUUUUAUGAUUUAAAAUUUCAUUUAUUUGUGACUACUUGAAUGAUCUUCCAUUUGUUAUUAACACAGGUUACCCUUUCUCCAAGAGUUAAAUGGGUUCCUAUUGCCACAGGAUCUUUCUGAGAAUUAAACAGAUUAUGCAUGCAUAAACAAUGCUUAUGUUGUAUUAUAUAUACAUCAAAACACAUUGAUACAUAUAUGGUAAUUUAUAUUAUAAGACACAUACACACAUAUCCAUGUUUGAGUCACAGUCCCUUGGGUAUCCUUGAGUGUCCUUUGGAAGAUCUAACAUAUCAUAAAAGCUCUAUAAAGUUUUUAAAUAACAUUUUGUCUUUCACAAGUUGAUUAAUUUAUUUCCAUGCUAUGUAAUGUUAUUCAUUCCUUAGUAUAAAAUAUGAGAGAAGUAUAAAUUAAAAAAAUAAAAUAAAAAAGAAUUUCAUACAUGAGUAGGGUAUCUACAUGAUUUCUACAUCUUUUGGUCUUCUCUAGACAACCUCCCAGGUGUCCCCAACUUUCUCUGAAAUUUAUAAUCAUCCUUUAAGUAUUAGUGCUGUAUACCUAUAUAUUAUUUUAUAUAUAACAAAAUAAUGAAUGAGUAUAUUAUAUUUAUAUUCAUAAGUACAUAUGUAAUAUAGAUACAAUAUAUAUGUGCAUAUGUAUACAUAAGAAGACAUGCUGAGUCCAUUUAAUGUUGCUCUCAUGUGUUUAUGGAUGACCACUUGGGGUCGGAUAAUUUACUAGGGAGCUUUUAUCUGAAGAAAACUGGUCCUUGCCCUCUGCAGUUAUUAAUUGCCUGCAGUUUUUCAUCUUUGGAGUGGAGCCUUGGGAGAUAUUUUUAAUCAGUGUUGAAAUAUUGACUGGUAAUGUCAUUGUGCAGGUCUUGUUUAGGUUACCAUAUUAUUGAGAUUUCAUAGAUAGAGCUUUUCUGACAUUUUUACUAGGCCCUUUUCACAGAAGGAAUUCUGGUCUUCUGAUUUACAAUAUUUAGCCCCCUAUUGUACAAUAUUUGAGGCUUAGGUGUAGGAGUCAUGUUGUAAAUGGAUUCAGACUACAUGUGUAUACAUGAUUAUCAGAAUGAAAUAGAUCCUAGCACAGAUUAGUACUUCUCUCAAAGAGGGUUUAAUGAGUUGAGCCAGUAAGAUACAGUGCCCUUUAACAUGUAGAUAUGCCUGUAGGUGUGUAGUAUGCUGUGGGUAUCCAACUUUCAAAAUCUGUAUUUCAUGCUGCCUUGGAGUUUUAUGAUGGCAACUAUCUUUGGGUAAACUUUACUCUUGUAACCAACUCCAGUCCUGUAUUUAUAUAAGUAAAUAACCCAAUAAAAUCCAUUGGUUCAACAAGAUGGAUUUCAGUUGAAAGCA